CGAAGAGUGCUCGGCUUCUCCCUUACCAGCCUCCUCCUCCGUCUCCCCCCCCCAUCCCGUCCCAAGUCUCCCCUCCCGUUUUGCUCCGAGUUGCGUUUUAUUUGUGUGUGGAGAAAGGGGGGGGACUUGCAGAGGGGAUGUCCUGUUUUUGCCAGAGGAACAGUGUAAAGGGGGAACCUCGCCUCGGAGAAGGGACGAGAAUAAAUAAAUAAGGAGCAGCCAUAAAAUAAAGGUAGCGGCAUAUCCCGGCAGCGAGAAGACCACUGAGCUAUAAAUUUUGAAGAUAAGAUAAUUUGUGCUUGUGGGGGAAAAGUGAGUAACCUCCAUGGAAGACUCUCAGGAUCUCAGUGAACAGUCUGUAAAGAAAACGUGUACAGAAUCAGAUGUUUCAGAGCCUCAGAAUUCCAGGUCUAUGGAAAUGCAAGAUCUAGCAAGUCCUCAUAACCUUGUUGGAAGUAGUGAUGCGCCGGGUAGUUCCAAACUGGACAAAUCUAAUCUCAGUAGUACAUCAGUUACAACAAAUGGAACUGGAGUGUCUCUUCUUGCAGUCAAAACAGAGCCCAUGAACAGCAGUGAAACAACAACAACAACUGGAGAUGGAUCGCUUGACACUUUUACUGGGUCAGUAAUAACAAGUAGCGGCUACAGUCCAAGAUCAUCACAUCAGUACUCUCCGCAGAUAUAUCCCUCCAAGCCCUAUCCACACAUUCUUUCUACACCAGCAGCUCAAACAAUGUCUGCCUAUGCCGGACAAACCCAGUAUUCAGGAAUGCAGCAGCCAGCGGUCUAUACAGCCUACUCACAGACAGGACAGCCGUACAGCUUACCUACUUACGAUUUGGGUGUAAUGUUGCCAGGCAUCAAGACGGAAAGUGGACUCUCACAGACACAGUCACCACUGCAGAGUGGGUGCCUCAGUUACAGUCCAGGGUUUUCCACCCCACAGCCAGGCCAGACACCGUAUUCUUAUCAAAUGCCAGGUUCUAGUUUUACACCAUCAUCCACUAUUUAUGCGAACAAUUCAGUUUCAAAUUCUACAAACUUCAGUAGCUCACAACAGGAUUAUCCAUCCUACACAGCUUUUGGCCAAAACCAAUAUGCACAGUAUUAUUCAGCAUCAACAUAUGGUGCAUAUAUGACCUCAAACAACACGGCUGAUGGCACCUCCUCAUCAUCAUCAACCUACCAGUUACAGGAGUCUCUCCCUGGCCUGACCAGUCAACCAGGGGAGUUUGACACAGUACAGAGUCCCUCCACGCCAAUCAAAGAUCUUGAUGAGAGAACAUGUAGGAGUUCUGGGUCAAAGUCCCGCGGUAGAGGGCGGAAGAAUAAUCCAUCACCCCCUCCGGACAGUGACUUGGAGCGUGUAUUUGUUUGGGAUUUGGAUGAAACAAUCAUAGUUUUUCAUUCGCUGCUUACAGGAUCCUACGCACAGAAAUAUGGCAAGGAUCCUCCAAUGGCAGUGACCCUUGGCCUGCGAAUGGAAGAAAUGAUUUUUAAUCUUGCUGAUACUCAUUUAUUUUUUAACGACUUGGAGGAAUGUGAUCAAGUUCAUAUAGAUGAUGUUUCUUCUGAUGAUAAUGGGCAAGACCUAAGUACCUACAGUUUUGCAACUGAUGGCUUCCAUGCAGCUGCAAGUAGUGCAAACCUUUGUCUGCCAACAGGUGUAAGAGGAGGGGUUGACUGGAUGAGGAAGCUGGCUUUCCGUUACAGAAGAGUAAAAGAGUUGUAUAAUACUUACAAGAACAACAUAGGAGGUCUCCUUGGUCCUGCUAAAAGAGAUGCAUGGUUGCAAUUAAGAGCAGAGAUUGAAGCUCUAACAGAUUCCUGGCUAACAAAUGCACUUAAAUCAUUGUCUAUUAUCAGCACAAGGAGUAACUGUGUAAAUGUGUUGGUAACAACAACCCAGCUUAUUCCAGCACUUGCAAAAGUCCUACUAUACAGCUUAGGAGGAGCUUUUCCUAUUGAAAAUAUUUACAGUGCAACCAAAAUAGGAAAAGAAAGUUGCUUUGAACGAAUAAUGCAAAGGUUUGGCAGAAAAGUAGUAUAUGUUGUAAUUGGGGAUGGUGUAGAAGAAGAACAGGCAGCAAAAAAGCACAACAUGCCUUUCUGGAGGAUAUCCAGUCAUUCGGACCUCUUGGCUCUCCAUCAAGCACUGGAACUAGAGUAUUUGUAACUGUGUUCUAAAGUUGGCGCUCCUUUUAUAUAUAUAUAUAUAUUUCAAGUACACUGAAUUUUUAUGUGUGAUUCAAUGCCUCUGGCUUUACACAUAUGAAUUGUCUUAAGAAGGGAAGAAAUACUUGGAAUUAAAAAUUCCAAAUUGAAGAAUUCAGAUUACUGAAUGGAGUUAUGAAAUGUUAGUGCUACGUAAGGAAGCUCUAUGGUCUUAUAUAUGCAACGUUUUUAAAUGAAUUAAAACUGUGGAGGUUGCUGGUACAUACCAAAUGAGCCCUGACAGGAGAGAACAGAGGACUCGAACUGGCAAAGCACCAACAUGCGUUUUCCAACCGACAUUCCUCAAAGUGGGAUAUAUUCUCAGCACUGAGGUUUGAACCAGACUUUAGCCUACCUAACCCAGAAAAUCUGAAUUGGAAUGCACUCAGACUGUAUAAUGACAAUCCUGUCUAGUCCUGUAAUUUGUGUAAAUUAUUGAUGAAAAUAAUUUACUGUGACUUUAUUAGCAGCUGAUUUUGGAAGUGGAUGCAAUUUUUCUUUCUUUCGGGGGGGGGAGGGAGAGGGUUAUAUAAUAUUGUCUCUUUUAUAAGUUUGGCAAACAGAAUGUGCAUAAUGAUGUGUUGUGCCUUAAAGAGAAGACUGUGUUUGUGUGUUAUAAUGUAAUUUUGGUUAAAAACUAUGUAGAUAAACAAAAAAAACUCUUUGUGAUAAUUUUUGACAUGACCAAAUUUCAAAUUCAAAGUAAUCAAAGAGCAGGACUGCACCAAAGCGUUUAAGUAUUUGUUGCAGUAAGAAAAAAAUAAUAAAGGAAAGUUUGUGUUUUUA